AUGUAACCACGACUACAGGGACUAAACGAAGACGCCGGCCCCUCCUCUGCUUCACUCUGCCUGCCAGAACUUCGAGAUACAGCAGGAUCCUCCGCAGCAAAGCCUUCUCUGCAACGUCACCAUGGCUUCCGUUCAAGAGAAACUGAUCACCUCUGUUACCAAGGACAAGGCUGCUGCGCCAUCAAACAAGAUAACAAUAGUGGGAGUUGGACAAGUCGGUAUGGCCUGUGCUGUCAGCAUCCUUCAGAAGGACCUGGCUGAUGAACUCGCUCUAGUUGAUAUCUUGGAGGAUAAGCUGAAGGGUGAAAUGAUGGAUCUUCAGCAUGGAAGCCUUUUCCUUAAGACCCCCAAAAUUGUGGCAGAUAAAGAUUAUUCUGUAACGGCUGGCUCUAGAAUUGUAGUGGUGACUGGUGGAGUCCGUCAGCAGGAGGGCGAGAGCCGUCUUAAUCUGGUUCAGAGGAACGUCAAUGUCUUCAAAUUUAUCAUUCCUCAGGUUGUGAAAUACAGCCCUGACUGCAUCAUCAUUGUCGUUUCCAACCCAGUGGACAUCCUGACCUAUGUCACCUGGAAACUGAGUGGCCUCCCCCAGCACCGUAUCAUUGGAAGCGGCACCAAUCUUGAUUCAGCAAGAUUCCGUUACCUGAUGUCUGAAAGGCUUGGAGUCCAUGCCUCCAGCUGCCAUGGUUACAUUUUGGGAGAGCAUGGAGAUUCCAGUGUGGCUGUUUGGAGUGGUGUCAAUGUGGCUGGUGUCUCUCUUCAGUCCCUUAAUCCUGAACUUGGUAGCGCCCAGGACAGUGAAAACUGGAAAGAGGUUCACAAGCAAGUAGUUGACAGUGCCUAUGAAGUGAUCAAACUGAAGGGAUAUACCAACUGGGCUAUUGGAUUCAGUGUUGCUGAUCUGGCAGAAUCUAUUGUGAAGAACUUGAGCAGGGUCCAUCCUGUAUCUACCAUGGUUAAGGGCAUGUAUGGCAUUGAGAAUGAAGUGUUCCUGAGUCUUCCAAGCAUUCUCAAUGCUAAUGGCCUGACCGGUGUCAUUAACCAAAAGUUAAAGGAUGAUGAAGUCGCCCAAUUGCAAAAGAGUGCAGAAACCUUGUGGAACAUCCAGAAGGAUUUGAAGGACCUAUAAACCUUGACUCUAACAUCAAUGGUCUUUAAUCUUGUUGUACACUUGUUUCUAGAAAAUGGCUGUCAGAAUAAAAAGUUGUGACCAUAAA